AUGGCAAGCGCUGGCGCCGCCCAGAAUGUCAUCCGCAGGAAACUCGUAAUCAUUGGCGAUGGAGCUUGCGGCAAGACCAGUCUGUUGAGCGUCUUCACAUUGGGCUACUUCCCAACACACUACAUCCCCACCGUCUUCGAAAACUACGUUACAGAUUGCCGAGUAGACGGCAAGUCAGUCCAGCUGGCACUAUGGGAUACGGCAGGGCAAGAAGACUACGAACGGUUACGGCCACUCGCAUACUCCAAGGCCCAUGUCAUCCUAAUAGGCUUCUCCGUCGAUACGCCGGAUUCCCUAGAUAACGUGAAGCACAAGUGGGUGGAAGAAGCAACAGAAAAGUGCCCCGGCGUCCCCAUUAUCCUGGUCGGCCUGAAGAAGGACCUGCGCGAGGACCCCGUCGCCAUCGAGGAGAUGCGCAAGAAGUCCCUCCGAUUUGUCACCGAGCAUGACGGCGAGGUGGCCGCCCGCGAGAUCGGCGCGCGCAAAUACCUCGAGUGCUCCAGCUUGAGCGGCGAGGGCGUCGACGAUGUGUUCGAGGCCGCCACGCGGGCGGCCCUGCUGACGUUCGAGAAGGGCGAGGGCGGUGGCUGCUGCGUCAUCUUAUGA